CCGCCUCCUCCGCGUUCCCUCAGCCGCCAUCAUGGCCGCCAGCGCGGCUCCUUCGUCGGCCUCGGCCAGCGGGGCCGCCCCGGCGGGCUCCAACGCGGCGGGCUCCAGCGGAGGCGGCGGAGGGGCUUCGGGCCUGACGGCCUCGCUGACGGGCACGAUGAACAGGAAGAAGAAGCCCUUCCUGGGCAUGCCGGCGCCGCUGGGCUACGUGCCGGGCCUGGGCCGCGGUGCUACAGGUUUUACCACUCGCUCGGAUAUUGGUCCCGCUCGAGAUGCCAACGACCCAGUGGACGAUCGCCAUGCGCCUCCAGGGAAGAGAACCGUCGGGGAUCAGAUGAAGAAAAACCAGACAGCUGACGAUGACGAUGAAGAUCUGAACGACACCAAUUACGAUGAGUUCAACGGCUAUGCUGGGAGCCUGUUCUCGAGCGGGCCGUACGAAAAAGACGACGAAGAAGCGGAUGCGAUUUAUGCCGCUCUGGAUAAGAGGAUGGACGAAAGAAGAAAAGAGAGACGGGAACAGCGUGAGAAGGAGGAGAUUGAAAAGUACCGAAUGGAACGGCCCAAAAUCCAGCAGCAGUUCUCAGAUCUGAAAAGAAAACUCGCUGAAGUCACCGAGGAGGAAUGGCUGAGCAUCCCCGAAGUCGGCGACGCAAGGAACAAACGCCAGAGGAACCCGCGUUACGAGAAGCUGACUCCUGUCCCCGACAGCUUCUUCGCCAAGCACUUGCAGUCCGGGGAGAACCACACAUCUGUUGACCCCAGACAGACGCAAUUUGGAGGUCUGAACACACCCUACCCUGGAGGCUUAAAUACCCCUUAUCCAGGUGGGAUGACUCCUGGGCUGAUGACCCCUGGCACAGGUGAGCUGGACAUGAGGAAGAUCGGCCAAGCAAGGAACACCCUGAUGGACAUGAGACUCAGCCAGGUGUCUGACUCUGUGAGUGGCCAAACGGUGGUCGAUCCCAAGGGCUACCUGACGGACUUGAAUUCCAUGAUACCCACGCACGGCGGAGAUAUCAACGACAUCAAGAAAGCACGCUUGCUCCUGAAGUCCGUACGUGAGACUAACCCUCACCACCCGCCGGCCUGGAUAGCCUCGGCGCGCUUGGAGGAGGUGACCGGCAAGCUGCAAGUAGCCCGCAACCUCAUCAUGAAGGGGACAGAAAUGUGUCCGAAGAGCGAAGAUGUCUGGCUGGAAGCUGCCCGGUUACAACCGGGGGACACUGCUAAAGCCGUGGUAGCCCAGGCAGUUCGGCACCUCCCACAGUCGGUCCGGAUUUAUAUCCGAGCUGCGGAGUUGGAGACAGACAUCCGAGCAAAGAAGCGAGUCCUUCGGAAAGGUGAGACGCUCCCCUGGUGUUUGUAUAUGAAUAAUACACACUCUUAUCUCUCCUCAGAUUUUCUUUGGCUGGCUCUGGCGAGGCUGGAAACCUACGAGAACGCCCGCAAAGUCCUCAACAAGGCCCGAGAGAACAUUCCCACGGACCGGCACAUCUGGAUCACAGCUGCCAAGCUGGAGGAGGCGAACGGGAACACUCAGAUGGUGGAGAAGAUCGUUGACCGAGCCAUCACCUCGUUAAGGGCUAAUGGAGUGGAAAUAAACCGGGAGCAGUGGAUCCAGGAUGCCGAGGAGUGCGAUAAAGCCGGCAGUGUGGCCACGUGCCAGGCGAUCAUGAGAGCCGUGAUUGGGAUCGGAAUUGAGGAGGAAGACCGGAAGCACACCUGGAUGGAAGAUGCCGACAGCUGCGUCGCUCACAAUGCUCUGGAGUGCGCCCGGGCGAUCUACGCUUACGCCUUGCAGGUUUUCCCCAGCAAGAAAAGCGUCUGGUUGCGAGCGGCUUAUUUCGAAAAGAAUCACGGAACCAGGGAAUCCCUGGAGGCUCUCUUGCAAAGAGCAGUCGCCCACUGCCCCAAAGCGGAAGUCCUCUGGCUCAUGGGAGCAAAGUCGAAGUGGCUCGCGGGAGAUGUGCCUGCCGCCAGGAGUAUUCUGGCUUUGGCUUUCCAGGCCAACCCCAACAGCGAAGAAAUCUGGCUGGCUGCCGUUAAGUUGGAAUCCGAAAACAACGAAUACGAAAGAGCCAGGAGGCUGCUGGCCAAAGCUCGGAGCAGUGCUCCCACCGCCCGGGUCUUUAUGAAAUCCGUCAAGCUGGAGUGGGUGCUGGGGAACAUCGCCGCAGCUCAGGAGCUCUGCGAGGAAGCCUUGAGGCACUACGAGGACUUCCCCAAGCUGUGGAUGAUGAAGGGGCAGAUCGAGGAGCAGGAGGAGCUGAUCGAGAGGGCCCGGGAGGCCUAUAACCAAGGGCUGAAGAAGUGCCCCGGCUCCAUCCCGCUGUGGCUCUUGCUAUCUCGGCUGGAGGAGAAGGUGGGCCAGCUCACCCGAGCCAGAGCCAUCUUGGAGAAGUCUCGUUUAAAGAAUCCAAAGAACCAAGACCUGUGGCUGGAGUCUGUCCGAUUAGAAUACAGAGCUGGAUUGAAGAACAUCGCGAAUACGCUGAUGGCCAAAGCUCUACAGGAGUGCCCCAAUUCUGGAAUCCUGUGGUCAGAAGCCAUCUUCCUCGAGGCUCGACCCCAGAGGAAAACCAAAAGCGUGGAUGCCCUGAAGAAGUGUGAGCAUGACCCUCACGUCCUCCUGGCGGUGGCCAAGCUCUUUUGGAGCGAGCGUAAAAUCACCAAGGCUCGCGAGUGGUUCCAUCGGACGGUGAAGAUCGACUCUGAUCUGGGAGAUGCCUGGGCUUUCUUCUACAAGUUUGAGCUUCAGCACGGCACGGAGGUGACUUGGAGGACUGGGGACGGGGCGGGGUUAGGAGGAGUGAGAACACUUCAUGCACUGAAGGCUGAUGAAAAUCCCCGCCCCCCCCUUUUUUCCCCCUUCCCCUACACAGGAACAGCAGAAGAGGCACGGAAGCGCUGUGAGAACGCAGAGCCGCGCCAUGGGGAGUUGUGGUGUGAGGUCUCCAACAUCAGCAACUGGCAGAGGAAGAGCGAGAUCCUGAUGCUGGUGGCGGCCAAGAUCAAAAACACCUUCUAG